AUGGCGUUCAAUUUUCCGGCAGUUACCUAUAUUGUUGCGCUCAUUUCCGACGCAUUUUUAAUCUUUUUCUCAAUAUUUCACGUGAUUGCGUUUGAUGAGCUUAAGACGGAUUAUAAAAAUCCGAUUGAUCAGUGCAACAGCUUGAAUCCGCUUGUUAUACCGGAAUAUUUGUUGCAUCUUUUCUUCAAUAUUCUCUUUUUGUUGGCUGGUGAAUGGUUUUCGUUGCUGCUCAACAUCCCACUCAUUGCUUACCAUGUAUUCAGAUACAAAAAUCGACCAGUGAUGUCCGGUCCAGGUCUGUAUGAUCCCACCAGUAUUAUGAAUGCAGACACAUUGGCCAAAUGCCAACGGGAAGGCUGGAUCAAAUUAGCCGUUUACUUAUUGUCAUUCUUCUAUUACUUAUACGGAAUGAUUUCAUCGCUGAUUUCGACAUAAAUGGUUUUUUUCCACAAUUUCGGAGGAACAAAAUGAUUUCAAUGGUCAGAGUGUGCCGUAAUUUCUGAUCAAAAAUGUUUUUUUUUUCGUCGUGUUUAGUUUUAUUGUAGCCAAUUAAAAUUCAUUUAUUCUAGCUAACAUUUAAAACUCAGGUCAAAAGUGUUAAAAAGUCAAAAUCAAUGAUUUCUUAAUUGAGGAAAUUGGACAUUUUUGCAUUAUAAAAAAAAAUUAUAGAGAAUUUGCGAAGGUUUGUUUUUGCUUUAGUCCUUGUAAUCGGGCAUUGAAUCCGAAUAUCACUCACACACAUUGUUUUUUUUUCAAACCACACACCCCAGUGAAAUUAUUUAUUCAGAACAAAUUAUUCUCGAACAAAUCGUUUUUGGUGUACUACUCAUUCACUAAUCAAAUGCAAUUUGGGUAUUUCAGUUGUAUUCUAUCUCUUGAAGUUAUCAAUUUCAAGCUCACUGUCCAUUUGUAAUUUUUAUAAUGUAUCAGAAUCUGAUAAAACUCAUGAGAUUUAAGCAAAAAAUAACACA